UGUACUAAUGAAUGAGUAGUUCGACGAUGAAAAAGAAAUACGAAGUGGUUUUCUUGCAUCCAUAUCCAUGAAGAUGUAUCUACGCGACCAACCAUUACUCUAGAAAUUGCACAUAUCUUCUUCCCCAUAGGCCACAACCCAGAUUACAACACUAUUCAUGGCUGCUUCCCGCGUUAUCUUCAACCUCACUCUCCCUUUUCCCUCCGAUGCGCCACCAGUUUCUUCAACAUGUCACACUCUUUCUCUCUCUCACUCCUCUCUCUUCACUACCCCAAAGAUCGUAUGCUCCAGUGCUCAGCGGCGCACGUGUGGUGUGGUGUACUCUCAUAUGACCAUGGAGGAGAAGCUCCCUGCCGAGAACCGAAUGCUCGUGUAUGUUCCUCCUCAUCCAUUGAUCAAGCACUGGGUUUCAGUUUUGAGGAAUGAGCAAACCCCUUGUCCCAUCUUCAGAAAUGCGUUGGCCGAGUUGGGAAGGCUACUAAUGUAUGAAGCUGCAAGGGAUUGGUUGAUCGUAUGCUCCAGUGCUCAGCGGCGCACGUGUGGUGUGGUGUACUCUCAUAUGACCAUGGAGGAGAAGCUCCCUGCCGAGAACCGAAUGCUCGUGUAUGUGCCUCCUCAUCCGUUGAUCAAGCACUGGGUUUCAGUUAUGAGGAAUAAGCAAACCCCUUGUCCCAUCUUCAGAAAUGCGAUGGCCGAGUUGGGAAGGCUACUAAUGUAUGAAGCUGCAAGGGAUUGGUUGCCCACUGUUUCUGGAGAGAUUGAAUCACCAGUGACUGUAGCCUCCGUGGAAUUCAUUGACCCAAGGCAGCCUGUUGCUGUAAUUCCAAUCUUGAGGGCAGGCCUUGCUCUUGCUGAACAUGCUUCAUCAAUCUUGCCUGCAACAAAAACAUAUCAUCUAGGAAUAAGCAGAAACAAGGAAACCCUUCAGCCAGCAAUAUAUUUGAACAAGUUACCUGAGAAAUUUGCUGAUGGAUGUAAAAUUUUUGUGGUUGAUCCUAUGCUGGCAUCAGGUGCUACUAUGGUGGCUGCUCUGAACCUCUUAAAGGAACGAGGAGUUGACAACAAGCAUGUUAAAGUGAUAUCAGCUGUUGCGGCUCCUCCGGCUCUUCAAAAGCUUAGUGAGCAGUUUCCUGGGCUUCAUGUUUAUACUGGAAUAAUUGACCCUGAAGUUCAUGAAAAAGGGUUCAUAAUUCCUGGCCUUGGAGAUGCAGGGGACCGGAGCUUUGGUACAGAUUCAUGAAAUAAUACUUCAUCUUCACACUUCUUAGGUGCCAUUAUUUUUCAAUUUUGAGGCCCAAAAUUUGUCUGUAAUUUUUCGGAUGGAUAGUAUGGUACAGUUCAAUGGCACUCUUUCGUUCACAUAGGUGUUUCUCAUUAUUCUUAUUCUUAUUCUUAUUAUUUAAAUUA